AUGAGCCCGAAAGAGAAAAUCACAAGAGAAGAACUACAGAAUGCAAUCGAGGAAGUCGACAAUUGCCCUUUAAACUUAAAUGAUGAAUGGUAUGUGGUUGCAAUGAAAUGGUGGAAACAACUGACAUUGGCGCUUAACAAGGGCUUUGUUGAAGAUGUGCCAAAAAUUGAGAAUGCUAGCGUUUCUGAAAUGAAGGAUGGCCAUUAUUUUUUGAAACCCCAUCUUGUCGAGAAAUUGGAUUACAUGCUCCUGCCGCAAAAGACCUUUAAUCUAUUGCUCAAUGAAUUUGGGGUAGAAGAUGAAAACCGUGAUGUAAUACAACGAAAGGUUCAAUUGAAUCCAGUCCGGGGAGAUCUCUUCAUUGAAGUUUAUGCUAAAUUUCUCACCGUUGCUCUUGCACGAGAUCGAAAUGUUAAAGCGGUUCUACCGGUUUCGAUGGAGGAUAACGUUAAAACUCUGAGUGCAAAAGCCGUUCAGGCUCUUGGUGUGGAAAAAAUUCCCCACAACAGAUUGCGGUUUUACAUUUAUCAUCAGGAAAAUGAUCGUUACGAGCUGUUAACUCUUGAUAUGAAGCAUAGCUACGAGCAUUUCUUCUCUUUUAAUCAAUUGGUUUUGGUAGAUGUUUUGGAUGACAAAGGCGUUGGAUUUAUUCAACAAUCCCUCAAUCGCUCUAAUGGAUCAUCAAUCAAUGGAAGCUCAAGUUACUCUCGUCUACCAUCUCAAAUCCCCGGCGUCUGUGGUCUACAAAAUCUUGGCAACACUUGCUUUAUGGCAUCCGCCAUUCAAUGUUUAUCCAACAAACCGUACAACGAAGAGGAGGAAAAUACAGCCAAUAAGCCGGAAGACGAGUUGGCGCAAUUGCAGUGGGAGCAGUAUAAGGCUCGAAAUGACAGUAUUAUCGUUGACAAGGUGCACGGGCAAAUAAAAAGCACAUUGAUUUGCCCUAUCUGUCAAAAGGUUUCCAUCAAAUUUGACCCGAUUUGCUUCCUUUCAUUGCCAUUGCCACCACGAGAAAAGAUCGAACACCGAAAUUUCAUUGUGAUCCAAGAUCCACCAAAAAAAUGGGCUCAGUUCUCUAUGAAAAUCAAGCCGCAGAAGACUACGGUAGCUGAUGCAACUGUCGUGAUUUUGGGUAAUUUCGGACUUCGAGAAGAUGAUUCCAAGAUUAUUAUGUAUACUUUUGACUCCUAUGACAAUGUGAAGGUUCUUAAAUGCGAAGAUUAUGUUUACCCAGAAAGAAUUUCAACUUUUCCGUCGUUAUCCCCAAUUUAUGCUUCAAUCGUUGAUCCUUCUUGCCAGUCGUUUGUGGUCGUGAAGAAUCAAUCAGCCAAUGGCAAUCGUUCACUUUCAGUACCUCUAGUCCUUGGCCUUUCGGACUCCUAUCAAGUCAAUCAGAAUUGGAUUGAUACGGUUGCUCUACCAUAUGUGAAAAGGCAGUUUUUCAAAGAAAAUCUUAUCGACGAAGAUAAGGAAGCUCUUCAAUAUGAGGUUUUGGUUGAGAAAGACGGAGCUUUUGUGCCGUUUACUGAAGAAACUAAUGGUAUAAGCAGCCUUACUAUUCGUUGGCAAACCAGCCAACAUUUCAAUCAGAAGACGGGAAAAACUGAAGUUGAGCGCGAAUGUUCGGUUCCGAUCCCGACAGAUAUUCAUCUAAAAGACUGCAUUGAUCUUUUCACCAAAGAAGAACAGUACUGCCCAAGGUGUAAAGUUCAUCAGCGAGCCAUGAAAAAGCUUGAUCUUUGGAAACUUCCCGAGAUCUUAAUCAUUCAUCUGAAGCGUUUCAAUUACACUCGUUGGAACAGAGAAAAGAUUGAUAUUCAAGUCGAGAUUCCUGUGCGUGGCUUCGAAUUGAACGAUAAGCUGGCCAAUACAUUGCAUGAACAUGUUCAAUAUGACCUUAUUGCAAUGUCGCAUCACAGUGGAGGAUUGGGCGGUGGUCACUAUACAGCAAGUGCGAUCAAUCCAAAUGGCAAAUGGUAUGAAUUCAAUGAUUCGUGCGUUUCGGAGAGAAAUCCUCCAGCUGACCGAUUGAAAGCCUCAUCUCCCUACAUGCUUGUAUAUCGCAGGAGACAUCACGUCAAGGCCGAUGAGCACAUUGAGAUGGAGACUGACGAA